CCGGCGCGGCGCAGACGCGCUGCGGGAGCGGCCGCGGCCAUGAGGCGGCGGAGCGCGGUGCAGCGCAAGGUGCCCUGUCUGUUCGUCACCGAGGUGAAGAAGGAGCCGUCGGCCAAGAGGGAGCGCCAGCCAUUUAAAGUUUUGGCAACUGAAACUAUAUCUGGAAAGGCGUUAGCAGCAGAUAUACACAAUGCAAUUCCUACUGAAAAGGUGGACGGAACGUGCUGUUACGUAACUACAUAUAAAGGGCGACCCUAUCUGUGGGCCAGGCUGGACCGAAGACCCAACAAACAAGGCGAAAAAAAGUUUAGACAAUUCUUGCAUUCACUGAAAGAUUGCAAAGAAUUUGAAUGGAAUAUUGAAGAGGAUUUCAAGCCUGUUCCAGAUACCUGGAUUCCAGCAAAGGACUUAGAGUUCUCUAAUGGCAAUCCUUUGCCUGAUGAAAAUGGACAUAUGCCAGGUUGGGUGCCUGUGGAUAAAAAUAACAAGCAGUAUUGCUGGCACUCAUCUGUUAUAAAUUAUGAAGCUGAAAUAGCACUGGUAUUGAAACGCCAUGCUGACCCAGGGCUUCUGGAAAUCAGUCCGGUGCCAUUAUCAGAACUUCUAGAACAAACAUUGGAGCUUAUUGGGACUAAUAUUAAUGCAAAUCCAUAUGGAUUAGGAAGCAAGAAGCACCCUGUACAUCUUCUGGUACCACAUGGAGCAUUUGAAAUAAAGAAUCCACCUACUUUAAAGCCAAAUGACAUACGGUCUUGGUUUGAAAGCUGCAGUGAGGGUAAAGCUGAAGGAAUUGUGUGGCACUGCCAUGAUGGGUGUUUAAUCAAGCUCCAUCGCCAUCAUCUUGAUUUACCCUGGCCACUUGCAGAGACAUACCUGAAUUCUCAGCCUGUUGUAAUUUCUUUUAAUAGAAGUAAAUAUGAAUGUGACUUUGAACCAAAGAGUUUGUUUCACCAUUUCUCAAACUUAGAUGGUCAAAGAUUUGACAGACUCAAAGAUGUAAAGUUUGAUGCUUAAAAUGAUUUUCUGCUUUUAAGUUGAUUGUCCUGUGUGCUGCAUUCCUCUUACCUGUGUCUACCACAGAAUUCUUAAGAAAUAAUCUUCUAGCUUAGGCAACAGCCCAAGUACUGUACUAUUUUAAGUCUGUCUUAAAUGACUAAUUUUAAAUAAUAGAGAUCUGACAGCCAGAGCAGAGUUCUAUCUUCCAGCAUGUUUACUUUCUUUUCUGAAAAAUCCUUUUUUGAACACAUUUCUGGAAACUGUCAACAUUAAGUGUAAGAAGUAUGUUUAUCACUGGUUGGUCCUAAAAGCUUAGCCAAUGAACGCAAUCACAUGGAAAAGUCACACAGGUUGCACUUCUAAAAGUAUAACUGUUAUGACACUAUUAUAUAUAGGAUUCUGAUUUAGGAUCUAGUUUCUUUACAGUAAAGAACAUAUUUCUGAUGGGACCAGAAUUUGUCUAAAAUUUGAUAACUUUUUUUUAAAGUAGUAACAGUUUAUUAUAGGGCAAAACUUUUCCCUGUAUUAUUUAACAUAAACAUUAUGCUAUUACUUGAAACCCCAAUUACCCUCUAUCCUGUAGGCACUUCGACUAUUUUGGGACAAAAAGAGUAAAUAAUAGAAAGUAUACUAGUUUUAUUUUGGAGAUCCUUAGUACUUGGAGAGAGACAUGGCUUAAUAAUUUUCAUUUACAACUGCAUCUCAAUUAAGAAACUUCGUCAAGGGCAUAUUAAGUACAAUAAAGCAUAUAAAUAAUAAAGGUGAGACUGAAUGA